AUGUAAUUUAUUUAUAAAAAUACAUUAUAAUAAGAUUGCUUAUUAUUGUGCAGAAUAGAAAUCAAAAUGUAGCAGAAAAGGUUCAAAAAGCAAAUGCUUUGUGGUUAUCUAUUUAGUUAAUUUAUUUUAUAAUUUCCAAUUAUUCAUUUAAUAUAAUUCACUAUACUAUUUUAAAUAAUAAAUUCUUAAUAUAAUAACAGAAAUAAUAAUUAAGCAAAAAAUUUAAUAUUGGUUGUGAAAAUUGUGAAUGAUAAAGAUUAGAGUUUGUACUUCAAGACCCAGAAGAAUAUGGAAUGUAUUGAUUACAACUUAGUAAAGUCUUUAAUAUUUUGA